UCGUGUUUAGAAGGAAAAAUUACUUGUGCAAGAAGAUGGAGUACCUCAACAACGCCACGAACGCGGCAAUUGCGGCACCUUCCGGUGCGGUAAACAAAAUUCUGUGCUGCGAGUGUGGCGUACCGAUCGAACCAAACGCAUCGAACAUGUGCGUUCCGUGCCUUCGCUCACACGUCGACAUCACGGAGAACAUUCCGAAGCAGGCGGUAAUCUUUUUCUGCCGCAACUGCGAGCGUUACCUGAACCCGCCCAACGAGUGGGUGGCGUGCAGUCUGGAAUCCAAGGAACUCCUGUCGCUCUGUCUGAAGCGGCUGCAAGGGUUGAAGCAGGUGAAGCUGGUUGAUGCCGGUUUCGUGUGGACCGAACCGCACUCGAAGCGCAUCAAAGUCAAGCUGACCGUGCACGGCGAGGUGAUGAACGAUGUCGUCCUGCAGCAGGUGUUUGUGGUGGAGUUUACGGUCAACAAUCAGAUGUGUGAUGAUUGCCACCGUACCGAGGCGAAGGACUUCUGGCGGUGCAUGGUGCAGGUCCGCCAGAAAGCAGUCAAUCGCAAGACCCUGUUCUACCUCGAGCAAAUGAUACUGAAGCACAAGGCGCACGAGAACACGCUGGGCAUUAAGCCGAACACGGGCGGGUUGGAUUUCUUCUACGCGACGGACGCUCACGCGCGGAAGAUGGUCGAUUUCCUACAGGCGGUGCUGCCGGUAAAGGUGACCAAUUCGAAGAAGCUCAUCUCGCACGAUAUUCACAGCAACUCGUACAACUACAAGUACUCGUACGCGGUGGACAUCGUGCCGGUGUCGAAGGGUAGCCUGGUGUGUCUGAACAAGCGGCUGAUGCAGCAACUCGGGCACAUCGCUCCCGUUUGUCUGGUGGCGAAAGUUGCCAACUCGAUUCAUCUGAUAGACCCGCAAACGGCACAGCUGGCCGAAGUGCAGAACAUGGCCUUCUGGAAAACGCCCUUCGAGGCGAUCUGUAACCCGAAGCAGAUGAUAGAGUUCAUCGUGAUGGAUGUCGAGAUCAUCCGCGAGAGCCAGCGCAAAACGUUCCCCGGUCAAGGGCCUGUGUCGCUGCGCCACACGUUGGCCGACAUCUGGGUUGUGAAGGCAUCUGAGCUCGGCAUCAACGACAACACCAUCCACGUGAAGUCACACUUGGGCCAUCUGCUGAAGCCGGGCGAUUCGGUACUGGGGUAUGAUUUGCGCGAAGCCAAUAUCAAUAACGCCGACUUCGAGAAGCUCAACGCUGACACGGUGCCGGAUGUGCUGCUGGUGAAGAAAUCGUACGAUAAGACGGCACGUAAACAGUCCCGCAACUGGAAGCUGAAGCACCUGAACGAAGACGUUGCGGUCGACACGGACAUUGAGAACGAGUACAACGAGUUUUUGGAGGAUCUCGAGGAAGACCCGGAGCUGCGGCAGAACGUGAACAUUUUCAAGGACAAGAACAAGCAGAUACCGGUGGAUACGAACGACAUGGAUGAUCCGUCAGUGCCCCGGAUCACGCUAGAGGAAAUGUUGGAUGAUUUGGUGCUGGACGACGUUGAGAUGGGUGACGGUUAAGAGUGGUGCAUGUGGUGGCUUUUUCUUGUUUUUGCUCCACCAAGGAGCGGUAGCGAGUGGGAUAUAUUUUCCAUUCGAACCUCAAAAC